AUGGCACGGGGACAAGACGAAGUGCACACCAGGAAUGUGAUCAGCAGAGCACAGGAGGGGGAUUUACUGGAAUUUCCCCGUGGGUUGUACUCUCACUGGGCUGUGUAUAUAGGGAAGGAGGAAGUGGUGCACUUAACUGGUAAUGGGAACGGUAACGACAUUGGUAACAGCGGCCAAGUCUUCACCAUUUGUGGUAAGACUUUCAAGAAGGCAGAAGUAAAAAAGGAAAGUAUUUGGAACGUGGUUUCUGAUUCCCUUGUCAGAAUUAACAACAGCAAGGACCGCCAUAUCCGACCUCGACCAGCGCAUGCAAUUGUGAGGGAGGCACUGAGUAAGCAGGGUGAGGUUGGGUACAACGUAUUAUGGAAGAACUGUGAACAUUUUACCUCUCUCUGUAGAUACGGCGUAAUCAGGUCUGAUCAGGCCGACAAAGCCUUGCUGGGAACUAUAAUAGCAGUCCCUGCUAUUAUUAUCGGGGCAAUUGGAGGACUGACAUCUGGAUCAUUAGCACGGAAGAAAGAGAAGACUUGAAGUUAAACACUAUGAUUUGAGCCUUUAUAAGUUCAGGAGUUGUGAGGUUAUUUUGUGUAUGUUAAAAGACUCUACCACUUAUCCUACAUAUUAUUUUAUCUAUUUUAUGUUAAGUUAUAUCAUAUUUGACUCAUUGUACAUGUUGGUUGGUUAUGCUUUGCGAGGAUCUAUUGAUAUGUCAACAUGGUUUAAUCUCGCAUUGUUACAAAUACAGAAAGUGUGUGAAAUGUAUCCUAGAAGUGAUAUAUCGCCCAAUAACAGCAUAUAAUAUGACUAAGGUAUUGUCAAGUACAUGAUAAAAGUUUGAUUAACUCUCCAAUCAUUUGAAACACAAGAUAUAAAACAUGAGCUUGAGCCAUACUCUUCAACGUUUGCCUUUUGUGUCCAUUCUGUGAAAUAUUGAACUAAAACCUGUCCAGUUUGAAAAGUGUCCUUUCUUAAUCGAGAUUUCUCCUUCAGUUUCAAACAUUUGAACGGUUUUAAAUAACAGACUGGUAAAGAAGAACGCAUUUUGUUCCAAGAAGGGACAGGCAGGUAACACUCCAAGUUCAAACAUAUUUAUAAAUACUGGUAUUGACAUUUGUGUACAUUACCUGACGUAUUGGUUGUUUUUUAUUCUUUUGUAACGUCCCUUCAAGAAGCUUUCACUCAUAUUGAGACGUCACCAGUUGUAGGUGAAAUGUCACAUAUUUAGACUUAUGUUUAGCGCUCAGGGUCGUAGCAGAUGGGGAUCUUUAAUGCUGCGACACGGAAUCUACGUUUUUAAGGUCAUAGCAUAUGGUGUGUAUAUAUCUCAACUGAUUCUAUACGCAAGAGUUUGUUCUGCAUAGGCUACUGACAAACAAGUUCAUCGUUCAGUGACUAAAUGUUGAAGUCUCAUUUAAAGUAAGAUUUUUGCAAAUUCUAUAUUCAUUAUAACGAUCCAGUUUGCCAAUACAACCUAUCAAUGUGUCAAAUGCUGUCUGAUAUGUUUCAUACUGAUUGUUAGGCCGUUCUUGGGACACUGAUUUUGACUACGGAUAACUCCGUUUACCUGACCAAGAUAUAGGGCUCACGGCGGGUAUGGCCGGUCGGCAGGGAAUGUUUACUCCUCCUAGACACCUGAUCUCACCUCUGGUAUAUGCAGGGGUCCGUGUUUGCUCAACUAUCUAUUUUGUAUUGCUUAUAGGAGUUAUGAGAUUGAUCACUGUUCGUUAUCUUCACCUUUAUAGGAGUUAUGAGAUUGAUCACUGUUCGUUAUCUUCACCUUUAUAGGAGUUAUGAGAUUGAUCACUGUUUGUUAUCUUCAUUAUUCAUCAGAAAGACCCGUGAGUAUCACUUCUAAUUUUAAGGGUUUGGCGAAGGACUAAUUGCUACAGUAUGAUUACGUCAUUGUAGGUUUGAUACGGCACGAUCAAGGCUCGAACGCAUGAUCUCCCAGUCCUACCACUGAGCUACCGCGACCUGACAUAUUGGACUGACUGAAACGUUUCCAAUAAAAUUUAUACAAUCCUACGAAGAAAUUAUACAUUGUCAUGAUGGCUAACUUCGUUUCAAAAAUUGAAUGUAAAUAUAAAUAUUAACAAUACAUAGAUAUACCUUUUAAAUCUAAUCGCCUAGCUGGGUAGCUCAGCUAGUAGGUUUACGUGUUGACUGCUGGAUUGUAGUUCGUGCGUUCGAGCCUAGCAGGGAUUUUAAUUUUGUUUUCAGAUUAGUUUCUACUAAAACUCUAUUUAAUGUACAUAUCCUCCACUUACCAUCCAUUCAAAUUUCUCUGGUGUGUUGUUCCUCCUUAAGGUAAAACUCUCAUAUUUUCCAGACAUAUAGAACAGAUUUAGGUAUCUGAAUAAACAGUUACAGACGAGAAAGAGAAGAUGGUAAUCGACAAGGUUUUGUGGUCUAAGAAUGGAGAGAGAUAUAAAAGGUGAAAUUUGUGCACAUUUAUAUGUUCUAGUAAGUUUUCUUUUCUUUGCUUUUGCUACCUCCCUUUGAGACCUUUUCUCUCAUAUUGAGACGUCACCAGCUGUAGGUGAAGUACCACAAAAUUAGACCCAUACUUGGCACUGUAAAUGUUUUUCAACUUGUCAACGCGACACCGGGCCUCUGUUUUAAGGUCUUAUACGAACGACUCUCACUACUAAAUGCCGAGCGUUGGUGAAGGACCAUUCACUAUCUAUUUUGGAAUCAUAGGUCUUAGGUUUGAGCUGGGUUUGAAUUCACGAAGGAAACACUGUAACUACUAUACCUAGCUAUGGAAGACCUCCAAGUAGAAAUCCAAGUUAGCCACAUAGCUGUUUAAUUGACAUCUAAACUGAAGGUUAAUACACAAGUAUUCAGUCACUAACACAGCUGAAGUACCUCCAUAGAAUUCAAUACAGACUUUAAAUUUAGAAGUCAUCGAAAACUAUCAAGCAAAAUUCUAUGAAAACAUAUUGGAUUUUUCCAGGAUAUAAAAACCCCAUAUGUGUUUUAUAUGCAAGCGUUUUACAUUGUAAUUGCAUAAUAAUUUAUAUUUUGCGAUUAUCAUUAUUCGUUGUACUAAGAUAGAAUUCAACUUAGAUCGGGAUCGAAUUCCAAAUAAUGAAAAUCCAGUGGUGGUCAAUUACUCAGCUGAAGUUUUUCUUGUUCUCCUACAAUGGUUCAAGCAAGGAGAACAAGCUUCGGAAAAGACAUUGAACUUUACUAUAAAGAUGUAACCUUUGUUUAAUGAAAAAGUUGUGAAUAUAAAUGUACACUGUUCUCUUUAUGUUGUUAGAAAAUCUAUAAAGAUGUCCUCUUUCAAAAUAUAGUGCAAUGGGACCGAAUUGACCGUUGAUGAACAAAAAUCCUUACCUUCAGAGUCUUAGAUAAUGAACUGGCUCGUCAAAAGAGAUCGAUGAUGGCACGUAACUAAGAUGGAACAUAAGGGAUUUUAGCUUACAUUGUAGAUAUCAUGCCAAUAAAAGUAGUAUAUAUGCACGAAAUGAAUGAAUCAUUCAUACAACACUAAACUGUAAAAAUAAGAUUAGCUAUGGUGUCUAUGUGACAGACUCAUAUUAUACAUUGUACAUGUAUAUUGUCUGAUAUGAUGGGUAUAUGUGUAAUAUAAAGAAUCAGUUCAUUUUUUACACACAUGAAUAAAAUGCUUAUGCAAGGUAAUGUAAUUUAAAUAUGCAGUCAAUGUGUAAUGGCCUGGGGUACACAAUUAUAUUUUGGCCAAAUGUCCCUUGUGUCUUUUAGUUUCAUUGGUGUUUUAGUUUGUCUUAUGUCAUUGGACUAGUCUUGGGGAUUUUCCCUCCAAGAGUUCUGUUCUUUGUGGUCAGUCUUUAUUCAAUUUUUGAAGGAGAGAGUUAAUUUCAGUAGAUCUGACAUAUUUUGACAAUUAGACAUAGACCGACAUUUUUUGUCUUGAAUGGUAAGUUAACAAUUUAUUACUAAUGCUAAACUAUUUUAUAAUUCCUUUACUAAAUGUUAAAUAUGUAAUUUUGCAUAAAAUUCCUUUUGUUACCACAUUCCUGGAAUAAAUGACCAGUGCGAGCGAGAAUUAUAUAAUGUAAAUAUCUGUUAUAGUAAUGUAUAUGAUUUGUCUCACUGUGAUAUUAUUUUAAAGCAAAAGUAUGUUUUAUGACUUACAAAAUAUUGUAGAUAUCAUAAUUAAUUUAUAGAUCAGACCAGUUUGGUGUCAUCUGUAAAUAUUGUUCACUCAAGCCUAUUCUCAUAGAAUGGUAUGCUCACCAUGGUUUUUAUUUAAUUCAAUAAUCAAUAAUGUUAAUACAUAUCAUAAUGAUAAUUAUUGUAAAGUUUUAUGAUGAAGUUAAAGUAUAUAGGACUUGGGAGCUUUAUUAUGCGAUAUAUACAGGUAUAGAGUUAUCUCCCUUGAUAUAGAUCACCCAUGUAAUGCUAUAAUCGUAUAUUAGUUGUAUAUCAGUAUUUAUGUGAAAUUUAUAGUAUUCAUGUUUUAUAUAGCAUAUUACUUAAAAUUGGUAAACAUUGUUGUUAUAGGGUUUCGUCAAUGGACAAUUCAUGUAUUGGUAACUCCUGAAUAAACGUCUUGUCGAGAACCCAAA